AAACCUUAAUUUCAGUGAAAGCAACGGCGUGAUUAACAGAGGCUUCACGGCGGCCGAGCGAGGACCGUUGACAACAAAGACGAGAAGCAGAUUUUUAUUUAGAGUCAACACGGUUUCAUCAGAUAAGCGCUAAAUUAUCUGGGUCAGAAAGAGAAAAGACGACCGCUAUCGUCGUGCUAAUUGGGAAGCGCACCAUGUCGGCUAUCUGUGGACCCACAGGCUGAAGAGGUCUGAUCAUUCUGGAGAGCAGGGAAGCGAGAGAUGGGGAACACGGCCACCAAGUUCCGCAAGGCACUGAUCAGUGGAGAUGAGGUUCUGGCCUAUCAGCUGUACGAGGGCAACCCUCAGUUCAAAGAGUCUUUAGACCCCAACACCUCAUAUGGGGAACCAUACCAACACAACACCCCGCUCCAUUAUGCUGCCAGACACGCCAUGACACGCAUACUCAGGUCCUUCCUCUUCAGCAAGGAUGGGAACCCCAACAAACGUAAUAUGCACAAUGAGACCACACUGCAUGUGUUGUGCAUGGGGCCAAAUAUCUUGCUGUCUGAAGGGGCGCUGCAGCCACGACUAGCCCGUCCCUAUGAAGAUGAACGCAGACGGGCUGAGUGCCUCCAGAUGAUCCUAAAAUGGACCGGCGCCAAACUGGACCGUGGUGAAUAUGAGAGUGCAGACGUCAGUGCCACCGAUAACAAGAAAAACACACCACUACACUACGCUGCUGCCUCAGGGAUGAAGACAUGUGUGGAGUUUCUGGUGAAGCGGGGUGCAGACCUGUUUGCGGAGAAUGAGAUCAAGGAGACCCCAUGUGACUGUGCAGAAAGGCAGCACCAUAAGGAGCUUGCGCUCAGUCUGGAGUCUCAGAUGGUCUUCUCCACUGACCCCCAUGCAGAGGAUAUCGAGGCAGAGUAUGCAGCCUUAGACCGCAGGGAGUUUUAUGAAGGUUUGCGAGUGCAGGACCUCAGGAGACUGAAGGACAUGUUGAUAGUGGAGACGGCAGAUAUGUUGCAAGCUCCUCUCUUCACUGCAGAGGCUCUUCUUCGGGCUCAUGACUGGGACAGGGAGAAACUCCUGGAAGCUUGGAUGUCUAAUGCUGAAAACUGCUGUCAGCGCUCGGGUGUUCAGAUGCCAACUCCCCCGCCCAGAGGCUACAACACCUGGGACACCCUGCCCUCACCCCGUACGCCUCGCACCACACGCUCAUCUAUCACUUCCCCGGACGAGAUCAGCCUGACCCCUGCUGAUGAUGAUCACUCCUUGUGUGGAAUUUGCAUGUGUGCAGCCUCCAUGUUUGAGGAGCCUGUUGAUAUUCCGUGUGGUCACGAGUUCUGCAGAGGAUGCUGGGAAAGUUUCCUGAAUAUGAAAAUUCAAGAGGGGGAGGCCCAUAACAUCUUCUGCCCAGCCUAUGACUGCUUCCAGCUGGUUCCUGUUGAGGUCAUUGAGAGCAUUGUGUCCAGAGAGAUGGACAAACGUUAUCUGCAGUUUGACAUCAAGGCAUUUGUGGAGAAUAAUCCUGCCAUCCGGUGGUGCCCGCGGGCUGGCUGUGAUAGAGCAGUGCGAUUGGCCGGACAGGGGCAAGGUGCCAGCCACUCUGACCCGCUCACUUUUCCUCGCCUACAGGCCCCUGCUGUGGACUGUGGCAAGGGCCAUCUUUUCUGCUGGGAGUGCCAAGGAGAGGCCCAUGAACCAUGUGACUGCCAAACUUGGAAGAUGUGGCUCCAGAAAGUCACUGAUAUGAAACCGGAAGAAUUGGCAGGUGUAAGUGAGGCGUAUGAAGAUGCUGCCAACUGCCUGUGGUUACUCAGCAACUCCAAACCCUGUGCCAACUGCAAAUCUCCCAUUCAGAAGAAUGAGGGCUGUAACCACAUGCAAUGUGCCAAGUGCAAGUAUGAUUUCUGUUGGAUCUGUCUGGAAGAGUGGAAAAAACACAGUUCCUCUACAGGAGGUUACUACCGCUGCACACGCUAUGAGGUCAUUCAGCAGGUGGAGGAGCAGUCUAAAGAGAUGACUGUUGAGGCUGAGAAGAAACACAAGAACUUCCAGGAAUUGGAUCGCUUUAUGCACUAUUACACACGCUUUAAGAACCACGAGCACAGCUACAAGUUGGAAGAACGUCUGCUUAAGACGGCCAAAGACAAAAUGGAACAACUGAGCAAAGUUUUGAGUGGAAGAGAAGGUGGCCCUCCAGAUACUACUUUCAUUGAAGAUGCAGUGCAUGAACUACUUAAGACUCGUCGUAUUCUCAAGUGCUCUUACCCUUAUGGGUUCUUUCUGGAGCCCAGAAGCACAAAAAAGGAAAUAUUUGAACUUAUGCAGACUGACUUGGAAAUGGUGACUGAAGAUCUUGCACAGAAAGUCAACCGGCCUUACCUCCGCACGCCUCGUCAUAAGAUAAUCCGCGCUGCCUGCCUGGUGCAACAAAAGAGGCAGGAGUUUCUGGCCUCCGUGGCAAGAGGUGUGGCGCCCAACGAUUCACCCGAAGCCCCUCGACGCAGUUUUGCUGGUGGAACAUGGGACUGGGAGUACUUGGGUUUCGCUUCUCCCGAGGCAUAUGCUGAGUUCCAGUACAGACGCAGACACAGGCAGCGCAGGAGAGGAGACAUGGCCAGCCUCCGCAGCAACACACCUGAACCUGAUGACCUAGCCCACAGCAGUUUAGACACACAGGAAAUUGGUGGUGUUCAGAGACUGGGUCUGCCCAUGCCUCACAGUUCCCUGGAUGAGGACGAUCCGAAUAUCCUGUUGGCCAUCCAGCUGUCUCUGCAGGAGUCUGGGCUGACUGCAGGCAUUGCUGGCGUUGAUGCUCAAGAGAUCCUCGCAAACGAAGCAUCUUUGGGGGCUAUCGGAACAUCCCUGCCCACACGGCUGGACCCGGUGCUGUGCGGGAUAGACGUGCCCCGUGCUGCCCUGAGCAGCUCCGAGCUGUUAGAGGUGGGUGACAGCCUGAAGAAGCUCGGUAAUAUCAGUGGCCAGAACGUCCCUCUGCGUUUUGACAAUCUCAACAAUCCUUCCUGUGAGUCUGCUGAGGGUCCCUUCCAAGCUUCUGGGACGUAUGGAACCUCUGAUUUAGAUUCAGACAACGCCAACCUUCUAGGCAACAUCAUGGCUUGGUUUCAUGACAUGAACCCGCAGAAUAUCAAUUUGGUUCCUUCGUCUGGUGAAUUCGGUGCUCAGUCAACAAGGAUGACAUCAGAGCCGACUGAGUGCGCCGUUCCACAGUGGACAGCGGGGGGCGAUAGAGAGGCAGAGCACGAGUUUGACUCCGGUAUCGUCGCAGGAGAGCGUGAGCCCAUCAGGCCGACACAAUUAGACCUGGUAGGCCUCGAUAUGUGUCCGGUACCUUCUGCUACGUCCGUUGAGUUGGGCGAAACUCCGAGCGGUUUGAACCCGUGUCACUCUGACACCCCUAAAGGUGACUCAGACCCCGACCAGCCUAGCAGUAGCUCCUCUGAAUGGGAGGGUCAAGUACAUCUUGUAUGAAAUACUGACUUUACCUACUAGCUAAGCCACUUUUUUGAUGAUGCCGGAUUCAAUCAUUAAGAUUAAUCACGAGGAGAAGCUUUGUAUUGUCAGAUAUGUAGAAUGUGUUCUUUGCUCACUAAAAAACUUGUUCCAGUUCUGGAGUGUUAAACACUUUUAGAAGAGUCAGACGGGACAGGAAGUGAGGUAGUCAGAAAAAUCUACUGUAUAAAACAGGACGAUAUUCAGUGCGAGUUCACCUGAUUAAAAAGGAUGUAAAAGAUACUGUAGGUGCCAAAUAACACUGGCUAGCACACGCCGAGUGGACGUUGUGCUGAUCGUGCCUGCUGCUGAGGGCCUAGCCGCCCUGUUGAGUACACUAUCCUUCCUUUAAACUAGACCUGUGGUAUUAGAGAAGUACACAGCAGCAUCACGCUCAGAAGAGCAGGGCUGAUAAUCACAGAAACUAAAUCAACCAUAAUUGUAGUUGCAGUCGACUUUUCUUUUUCUGGUCAAACGUAAUCACUGUAAUCCGUCACCGGUUAAUUAGAAUGGAAAGUACCGGCGCGGUUCAGGAGCGCCACGCCGGAUCUGGAAAACGUUUUGUCUUCGCAACUUAUCACAGUGCCUUUUCUGUGAAACUUCUCUUUAUUUAUAGCCGCUCUCUUGCGCUCGGAGCCCAGAGUGUGGAAAUUUCCAAUACACACUGUACUUAGAAACUGAGCUCAAUGUUUUUUAAAAGACAUUUUUAUACAUGUUUGUUUGUUUGUUCUUCAGCAUGACUCUGGCCCCUUCUUCCAGGUUGUUUUUAAAGCAAUUACUAAAGAAAAAAAAAACUAAACUAUUAAUGAACUCGGAAACAUUUACGGAUCAAAUCCAUUUAUAUUUAUUAAGAUUCUAUUCAUUGUGUGUUAAGAUGUGAUUUCCACAUGGCCACAAAGAAAAAAGCAAAUUCUCUAAUUUAAAUGUCAGAUAAAAAUCCAUAGAUGCUCUCCCGGUGCGUCUCUGAUAGAAAUUUAUAUAAAAUUAUUAUUUUUUUUCAAAACCACAUUUUCUCAAGGUCUCAUCUAUGGAUCUUUUGGUAGAGGCAAAGCUGUUUCAUAUUUCUAUAUAUGGUGAAACUCACCCACAAUUAAGAUUUUUUUUUUUUUAAACUGUGGUAUUUCUCUACAAUAAAUUAUGGAUAUUCAUUUUCUAUUUAUUUGAAAUUGAUUGUCCUUAAAAAUGAAUGAAGAUGAAGGUAAAGUUGGUAUUGACAAAAAAAAAAAAACACCUAUAUAUAUAAACACGGUGCCACUUUUCAAUAUUUGCUUAUAACUUAAAUGUCUGCUGAAAUAAUUGCUAAACACCGUUCAAACAAAUUAACACAAUGUUUUUGAAUUGCUUCAGUUUUCAUGUGAACACCUGCCAAACUUUUUUAUCUGAGGAAACAGCUAAAUCACAGCAGCACUAAGUUUUAUGCACUUCAUAAAACGUAAUGCACAAAAUUAGCUCCCAUUUCAGCUAUGGAAUACCCUAUUAUAGCUCAUAGGUUUGCCGUUCUAUUUUAGCUGUGGGUUUGACUGAGCAGGGGCCUGAUGUUUAACUCUGGGCUUGAUGUCAUAUGUAUGUUGAUUCUGACCUAAUGUCCGAAUGCAGUUUUGCGCUGCAUAAACUUUUCAAAGUGAAACUGAAGACAAACCUGUCCGUUAAGUGUUUUUUUUUUUAAUCAUUCCUUUCGUCAAAGUUCGGGGGAGUGCACACAUACAUUUUUUUUCUGUAUGUAUAAUUUGUUUGUGGGAUCGGAAUGGGUUUAGCUCACUUAAUCGCAGUAUUUCUCUGGACUAAUGUAUGUUGCCAAAGGUUGAGGUGAAGCUAAUGUCUGUUCAAAUGAAGCAUAUGGUAGAUUUCAAACAUCUGUCCAAACAUGACAAAAAAAAAGAAAAAAAAGUGAAUGACAAAAGUUGUCCUGUAUGUGACAGUAUGCUGUGCAUUAAGUAAUUAUAAUAAAAAAUAGAUCAUGUUUUCUUGACAAAAGACCAUUCAAGUGUCAAGGCUAUUGUUUGGGGGAGGGGGUGGCUAUUGUUUUUUGGGGGGGCACAUUUUGUAACCCAUUACAGAUUUUAUAUUGUUAAGCACCUAAUCCUUGAAAUGGUAUUUGCACUUUCAUAAUCUUUACUUGAUACAUUCCCAAUUUAUAUGGAAAGUACAAAUGUGUGAUGUUUGGCAAAUGAAUUGGACUGAUUUGAGUGUGAAUCUCAAUAAAGUUGCUAAGACAA